AUGUUGGCGGUUAAAGUUAGCACUGUACUCGGUUCUAAGACAGCAGCUCUUAAUGUGAAGCUCGCACAAGCUCUAAGUUCUGGAUCAAAGGGUUCUGUAAUUAACAACCAGGAGCUUAAGUUUGACGCUGAUAGUGCAACGUACUUUCUGGACUCAUUUCCCGAGAACUUUGAUGUUGGAAAGUAUACAUUUGUAUUUGAGAUUUUGCUUGAUGAGUCGGCACAAGAAAAACUAUACAUAACCGAAGCUCAAACAAAAAUACCUAUAGCCGCCACAGGAGCUAUUAGCAUUGAGAACGCAGAAAUUGCUGUACUUGACGGUGACGUUGGGAGCGUUGAAUCUCAGAAAAAGCUAGAUUUAACUAAAGAUGGAGCAGUAUCGUUAUCAGCUAACCAUCUCCAAAAGCUACGCCUGUCAUACCAGUUAAAUACUCCACUUGGCCAUGUGUUUAAGCCACACCAGGCAUUUCUCAAGCUGAAACAUGAGUCACAGGUCGAGCAUAUCUUUCUCGUGAAAACUUCUGGAAAGAAGUCUGAAUUAGUUCUAGAUUUUCUUGGAUUGGUUGAGAAGCUCUACUACCUGUCUGGUAAGUAUGAGAUCCAGCUAACUAUUGGAGAUGCUUCAAUGGAGAACUCUUUGUUGAGUAAUAUUGGCCACAUCGAACUAGAUCUACCAGAACGUCCAGAGAAGGCGGCUCAGCCUCCUGUACAGCCUACUGAUCCUUACUCAAGAUAUGGGCCAAAGGCUGAGAUAUCACACAUCUUCCGAGUUCCAGAAAAGCUUCCGGCCAAGCAGCUUUCACUAGUUUUCUUGGGUCUUAUAGUUCUCCCAUUCAUCGCCUUCCUGAUUGGGCUUACACGGUUGGGAGUGAACAUAAAGAGCUUCCCAUCAUCGGUUGGAGCUGCAACAUCUGCUCUACUUUUCCAUGGCGGCAUUGGAGCUGUUCUGAACAUAAAGGCACUUUCUUUGUUGGGAGUGUUUCUGUCGUUCGUGGGACACAGUACACUCUCUCACCUCGCAUCAGCAUCGAACAAGUUGAAAUCUGCUUGAAGAAUAUAUAUUCACUAGUAUGGGUCUUGUUUGGAUCAUGCGUCUCCAUGGAGCAGCUUCUUUUUUUUUUGUUAGUUUUGUAGCAUUGCUUAUAUAGAUUACGGAUUUACGGUGAUAGACAACUCGAAAGGAUAUCAGAGUUUACUUGCACUCAGUCUCAGUUUAGGAAGUUAACAAGAAGAGUUGCUUUCGGUUCCUCUUUGUAUUCGGUCGAAGUUGAACCAUAUUUGCCAAAGCCA